GUGGGGACGGAGCAUUAAUGCACAGACGUUCUAAUUGUUGGACUCAAGACGAGACUCUGAUUUAAAAGAGUUGUUCCUUUUGGAUCUGACCUAUUCUGCAGGAUUGUUUUGGGGAAAAAGCAGCUGAGAAGGGACACAGUAUUGGUCAUCCUGAAAUUCUGGAGGAAUCAAGAAGAAUCAGCUGUCCGUUCCUUCAAGGAAGAAAAUUCACUCUGCUGACCAGAAAUGUUCCUGGCCCCUUCCUUGAGUGACUUCUUUCUUUUCAUUUUCUUUUUUUAACUGAAAUCUUUCAACGUUUGUGGGCCUCACCAGAAGAUCCAUCUGGUUCCUCCUUUGUAAACGUUUAUCUUUAUUUUUAAAGCUACCUUUCAAAGAAGAGGCUGCAAUUGUUUGUGAGCUUGUUUGGCUUGGAGAUCCUCCUCAUUGCAGCUUUGAAAAGCUCCCGUCAGCCUCUUUCCUCCACGGAGAAAGGUAGAUGUUGCCUUCUGUGAAACGUUAGCCGCAAAAAUGGCUACGGAACUGAGGCCCGGAGGAGCCGCUUUCCUCUCCUUCCAGAAUGUUCUGGGGCACGGCGUGAACCCUGCAAGGAAGUCCGAGGAGGAAGCCCAAGUGAGGUCCUUAGAAGCUGACGGGGAACGGAUGGUCCCUCGAGUCAUCCAGGUUGGGAGCAUAGGAGAAUUUCUAGGCUGGGUGGCUCCCCAAGAGAUGGUCCAAGGAUCAGAAGAAGGUUUGGCUCAACGCUGGGAGACCCAGUGGCAGGAAGUCUUGAAGACGGUCCAGCUUCUCCCUCCUGGGUUUGGGACUUCACACCAGUCAAACUCCUGCGAGUUACUCCCCAACAUCAACCAGGGCUUGAAUGGAGACAGCAGCGUUCCUCAGUUCUUGGUAGUCAACAACGGAGAGUUUCCUCCUCGGAUCCUUUAUGGUCCGGAGGUUGAAGGAAACAGCCUGAUGAAGGAUGUACUUGUGGACCAAGGGGCUCUUUUGACCGAGGCUCUGCGCCAACGUUUUAGGCAGUACAGUUACCAGGAAGCUGAAGAACCUGAAGAGGUUUGCAAGAGACUCCAGGAAUUUUGCCAUCAGUGGCUGAUGCCAGAGAAGCACUCCAAAGAGCAGAUCUUGGAGCUGGUAAUCCUAGAGCAGUUCUUGGCUAUCCUACCUCCGGAGAUGCAGUGCUGGGUCAGGGACCGUUGUCCUCAAGCUUGUUCCCAGGCAGUGAGUCUCGCAGAGGAGUUCCUCAGGAGUCAGAAACAAGAGAUUAAGGUGCUGGAACCGUGCACAGCAGUGGUGAUGAUCUCCCCAGAGGCUGAAGGAUCCCUGGCAACCUCUGGAUCUAACAGCCUCCUUUGUGGAGAAGCUGAACUGAAAGAUGGUCAGGAUCCCAGCUCAGCGGUAGAGGAAGCUCAACAUCUGGAUGUUUAUGCUGUUUCCACAGGUGACCCCGCGAUAAGCAGGAAUCCCCUAGGGGGAGCUUCACAGCCAGGGGAUCCUGAGCUUCCCAUGUUGUUUGGAUCCUUAAUGGGGCAACCAGGAUCCCUCGAGGGAAGGGAUGGGUUGGUGAAGACGAACCCACCGGAGCCGAUCCAGAAAGGGGACGGAGCGAGGCUUUGCAGCGAAGGGGUCUACGAGACGGUGGUCCGUUUGGAGGAACACGGACACUGGUGCCUCGAAUGCGGCGAAAGCUUUCAAGACGCUUUGCAGCUUCGUAAUCACCAGAAUUCCCAUUCGGGUCGGAAACGUCCGAAGUGCCCAGAAUGCGGGAAAAGUUUCCGGGACCUUUCACACGUUCUCCGGCAUCAAACCGUCCACACGGGAGAGAAACCCUACGCCUGCUUCCAAUGUGGGCAGAGUUUCACCCAGAAACCAGCACUUAACCGGCAUCUGAGAAAACAUUUGGAAAGCCAGAAUGACUCAGGUUUCAUCCCAAGUAUGAAACACCCAAGGACUGACAUGGGUAGUCGCAAGCGUCCAGAGUGCUUAGCAUGUGGAAAGAGUUUCCGGGACGUUUCUCAAGUCCUUCGACAUCAGACGGUUCAUACGGGUGAGAGGCCUUACAGCUGCCUUGAGUGUGGGCAAAGUUUCACCCAAAAGCCGGCUCUCAACCGACAUACGAGGAAACAUCUCAAAGGCGAAACCUACAAAGGAGACCAAGAACAGCACGGGAACCAGGAAAAUAGCCACCGGGUUGGGGCAACCUCUUCUUGGGCCUGGCCUAACCAAACAUUCCCCGAAAACAGAGUUGGCCCCUUUGCCGGCAGCCUAGGACAGCGCCCAUCAAUGAAUCAGCCUCCCAAAGCUGCCUCUGGCACGGAUCAGGAAGGCAAAACGGCCAGGAAAACCAUCAGCCGUCGAGGGCAGAAGAGAUACUGGUGCUUUGUCUGCAUCAAAGGCUUCCGGGACAAGGCGGAUUUGGUAAGGCACGACCGGAUCCAUACGGGAGAGAAACCUUACACCUGCCCGGACUGUGGACGAAAAUUCAGCUACACGUCCAGUUUGUACAAGCACCAGCUGAUCCACAGGAGAGCGGCCAGCCUGAAAGGGAACCAAUUCAGACAGAUGACCGUAGACUACGAUCCAGAUGGUUUUUCAGCCAGCCGCGCAGCUCCCUUGGCCUGUUUUGAGGGCGGCGGGGGGUGGAGGAACGGAGUGAAGCUGUUGGCGACUGAGGUAAAACCACCCAUGGAGGCCUUAUCGGUAGGAAAGGCCGACACGCAAUCAAACCAGUUCAGAGAGAUGACCAUAGACUAUGAUCCAGAUGGUUUUUCAGCCAGCCCUCCCUUGGCCUGUCUUGAGGGCGGCGGGAGGUGGAGGAACGGAGUGAAGCUGGAGGCGACUGAGGAAAAACCACCGAUGGAGGCCUUAUUGGUAGGAAAGGCCGACAUACAAUCGAAUGAUUUCACUUUUGACAUUUCAGUGACGUAGUUCUAAGCGGUCAGCUUCACUGUUGGGCACCCUGGUGCGUUUCGGACGGAUCGGACUUUAGCACCCAGGAAAUUCUAGCUUGAGCAGAGAAGAGAAUUUUGGCUAGUUGAUAAAAGCGAUACACUUCAAACCAACCAGCUGAAUCCACAGGUGGGUGGGUGGGUGUGUAUACACACAAACCUGCCCCACCGCAUGCUUCUGUAUAUAUAUAUAUAUAUAUAUAUAUAUAUCUGUACGUAAAGACUCUUUUUUAUCUUUGACCAUCAUUACAUUAUUAAUAUUAUUAUUUUAUGCACAAUAAUACUUCAGUGACCUCCAUUGCAGUUUUCCUUUCUCCAUUCCAAUAAAAGUCUAAGCCAACUGUCAGGAUUUUUAGA